UGUUACAUUAAGAGGCAAAAUAAUAAUAAAUUGCUUUUAAAAAAAAUUCUCUUCCGGUAAUUACUCCAACUCACAAAAUGGCACAUGUAUAGAUUAAGGCUGUUAAAACCGCGUGUUAAUUCGAAUGUUGCGAUAUAUAUUAAGGCGCCUAAUCAUUAAGCAACGCGUAAAAAAAGAAUUAGAUAUUUGAAAUGAAAUUAAUUAAGAAUCCUGCAUGCAUAAGCUGAGCAAUUAAAAUCAUUACAUUACAUGGACUUUUUGCGGUCAAAUCAGAUCAAAAAGUGAUUUGGAAAAAAAGGUUCUGUGAAUCAGCAGUUAACAAUUCAAUAAGCUAGAUAAAGUACUCAAAAUGUAUCCAAUGUAUUCUUCUUUUACUUGUCAGGAAGAAUUCCAUCCAUUUGUAGAAGCUUGUUUUCCAAAACUAAAGCUUGAGUUUGCAUAUUUCUGGUUGCAUUAUCAAGCAAGAAAACGACGUUUUAUUAAAAAAAAUGAAAGGUCCAUGAGAAUGGAUGAAAUGUUCAAGAUGAGAAGAGAAAUAGAGGAUCAACCAAUCGAAGAAAAACAAAGAUGGGCUCACAACCUUCUUAAAAAGUUAAAAAAAGAUAUUAAACCAGAGUCUCGAGACGAGUUUAUAAAAGCCAUGAAAGGUUUUGAAAGUGGAUGCGUUAUUUCAAACCCUGAUCAAAAGCAGAAAAUGCGACGAAUAGAUUGUUUAAGACAAGCUGAUAAAGUAUGGAGAUUGGAUUUGGUAAUGAUGAUUUUAUUUCACGGCGCACCGCUAGAAAGUACCGACGGAGAAAGGCUUAGCAAAAUUUCAAAAUGUAAAGAGCCUUUACUUUGUGUUAAUCCAUCACAUAUUGGACUUGUAGCCAAAGAGCUGGAUCUUUUUAUUUCUAAAAAUUUAUAUCAAGCCGAUUCAGCACCUGGACCAAAUAUGUUAUUAUCAGGAGUUGUCUCAGAAACAGAUUUUGAUCAGUAUAGCAAUUUACAAGAUAUGCCUUCACCGCCAUAUUCUCGCUCUAUUCAAAUUGCACAACCUGUAAAUAUAAGAUGUAGUCCAAGGGUACAUCCCUAUCAAUGUCAAAGGUCAACCGUUAGUGAUAGUAAACUAACAAUGUAUGAACGGGACGGAGCUGGUUAUAGCGAUUCUGACUCAGGUGUAAGCACGCCACCAAAAGUAAAAAUGGAAUAUUCUUCAUUGAGUCCAGGAGAUGCAUUCUCAAGUAAUUCUAUGGUCUUCACGAAAAAUCAAUUGUAUCAGCAAGAACAAGUUCAAAAUUUAUACCAGCAGCACAUCAACAAAAUGAUAUCAGAAGGAGACAAACUUGGCUUAAUAGACGUAUACCAUCGAACUCAGUUACUUAGUAACAGCGUUUUUCCGUGGCAAUUAAGUGCAGCGCCGUCAAAUUUUCAUCAAACCAACGAUCUUUCAAACCAGUUACAUACUUAUCCAAAUUUUAAUGACACAAAUAACUAUUCGUCGUUGGCUUUUAACAGUCACCAAAGUAUGCUUCGAACAUUUAGCGAUAAAAGAAUGAACACAAAUUCUAUGGAACAGAAUGUUCAAGAUUGCAACGCUACUUGCAAUAAUGCAAAUUCAACGGAAUCAUAUGACGGCCAGAGUCAGUCAAACGGGUUGUACUCACAAGCAUUUGGUGACAUCACUGACGGCAGUUUUACAGGGGAACAGCAUUUAUGUGCAAAUGGUUUUGGAUCGAGUAAUAUGAUGCAAAACUAUCCUGUCACAGUUGACAAUCAAAUUUAUCUAAACUAAAAGAUAAAAAUGAUAGUAAAAUUGAAAAGUUUUAUAAAUAGAUUGUAAGGGAGCAAGACCGAUGAAGCAGGUGGGCAUAAAAAGAAAAAACAACAACAACAUAACAAGUCACGUUCAUAAACAAAGUUUUGUUAGGUUAAAUGAAAAAAUUGCUUAAUUUUACAAAAAAGACAUUCGAUUUAUGAUUACAUUAGUAAUUGAUCAUACUUUGUUAUGAAGAAGCCAUUCUAAAGUUGAUAAAUACUGAAGAUUCGCAUAUGAAAAUGCAGUUCUAUUACAUAACAGUAAAUUAGAAAUUAUGUCAUUACCUCAGGACGUAUUUAAUCUAAUAAUUCAAUAGGUGAUUGGAAUUUCAAAAAGCUUUAUUACCAGUUAAUCUAAUAAUUCAAUAGUUGAUUGGAAUUUUAAAAGUCUGUAUUACCAUUUAAUCUAAUAAUUCAAUAGUUGAUUAUAAUUUCAAAAGGCUGUAUUAGCAUUUAAAAACUGACAUGUAUUUGGUUAUUUAAAAACCAACUCGACAUAUAUUUUUAUUUCCGUAUUUGUAUAUUAAUAACA